AUGUGCUAUCAACUUGUUGAGAUAUACAGUGGCUGCGGAUGUCUUUACUACCAGCAUGCAAUUGACAGAUGUUCCAGCUACGGGAAACGCGGUCAUGGGAUAACAAAAAGAACAAUUCGAGUGGGCUAUGCAUGCAUCGAACAUAACCGAAGUCUCGGAAACAGUUAUCCAGAUUCAAACAGUUGGCCAUUACAGAAUUCACCUCCUGCGCCAGUGCAACCGCAACAAACAUUGAAGCAUGCCACAAAGGUCAUCAAACAACAAGAGCACUUAUACCAGAAGCUCCUUGAAUACAACAUAAAUUCCAAACAAGACAUUAGGUCGAACUUGGAGGAUAGAUCUCAAGUUGAGAUCCCAGGACAAGGCAGUGAUAUCAUUCACAAGAUUUUGAGCAGCCAAAAACAGUCUAUUGGUACGGGAGCAGGAUCUCAGUCAGAUCCACCAACGAGCAGUUGCGCCGAUUCUGAGCUCAAUGAUGAACAGAAGUUGGUAGCUGUACCCUUCGUGCCAAAUGCUGGACUCGAAAUCUCACUGCCUAAUCGCAACUCAGGAGGCAAAAAUACUGGUGUAUCUCAAGAUGACCACGAGAAUGGACGAACAAAUCAUCCCAGGAAUGUCGAAACGCCAAUAACAAUCAAUGCCGACUUGAACAGUGAGAGUUUCAAGAAUGUUCACCUCGGACCUAAGGUCGACCUUGUCAUUGACACCGUUUAUGAGGAAGAGAUUUUAGACGACGCAAUAUCAUCCAACAUGACUUCCAUCUUUGAUGGCAGCAAACGUGCAAAGUCUAGCGUAACUUCUGCUCAACCUACAGAGUCACCGAACGCCGUGGAUUCGCUAGUAAAUGGUUUGAUUUACGAUACCAUACUUCAGUAUCUAUGGCCGCAGCUAUUUCUUCGACUGAAUUCCAAGAACGUCUCCCGUGCAUAUGUUACUCGGCUCCUUUUUAGGUAUAGUCUGGACUUACAGAAUCUGGCCCAAAACAUGAAGGAAUCGGAGUCAUAUAGCCAGAGGAUAAGAGCAGCGAGAUUUGUGGAGCGAAAACGAGAAGCACUGGCUCAAGAGAUUUGCAAUUGGUUCCAACUACCCGCACCGCAAGACGAUGAGGCAGAACCUCAAUUCGCCAACUUGACCGACCUCCCAAUUGAGACCGAUAGGGACAUUGAGAUCCAGGAUAUCGAACAAGAAGAUUCCGCCCAGGUUGACUUGCUCAAGAACUUCCUUUUCCAGACCGAUCCUUUCUACUACUUCAGAGAAAAUGUGAGGGCUCUCGUGGAACAACCGCUAGUUCUUCCGUUCAGAAUCCGCUCACUCGAUUAUGCUCGACGAUGGUUCGACAAUGUGGGGAUCUCCUUGCGUAAACCCACACUACAAACAAGUCAGCAGAGGGUAUAUUAUACUUGCAAAUGUGGCCAGAAGCUGUACGACGAUUAUUCUGAGUCGAGGCAAGGAGCCCUGCUUGAAUUGAAGCUCCUAUUAUCUCAGUAUGGGAUACAGACUUUCUCAACCGGCGACGUGGAGUCGCAGAUUCCCCAGGCUCCUGCCACCAACUCCAAGAUUCCACCAUCUUUGCCAAGCAAGCAAAGGGGCCGGCACCCCGAUAUUAGACUUCCAAUAUUCUGGCAGGGCCAGAAUAAGAUUGAGCUUGGCAAAUGCCGAACUAAACUCGGAAGCAAUGAGGCCGAAGACAAACAUAACUACGUUCUCACAUGUCUCCCAUUUGGCCGUUUUGUAUCCAAACUACGUCAACCCGAAGUUUGUACGGUAGAUUCAGAUCAGGACUUCUUUGCCCUACUUCGAGUAAUGUAUCGGGAAAAUCGAAGCAAACUUCCACUUUCGCUCCUGCGUCGAGUCAAGUCCAUCAAAUUUGUCCAGAUGGAGAUGUACCAUAAGGACCUUGCAGAUAUACGGUCCUAUCCUAGCCUCCCUUCAGACAACCAUAAAGAUCAGUACUUCUAUGACCCGAUGCCGGCAGACUUGAUGCCGCCGAUUGGCUCCAAUCUGCUGGUACAUCUAUUUGAAAACCCAACACACGCAGGUGUCCUCCCCAAUUUGUAUUCCAGGAUACCAAAGAAAUUGCGAGAAAAGUUAGCGCCUUGUCCUCAAAAGGGCACAUCGGUCGGCUGGGGGCUUGCUUUCACUGAAGGGAUAGACACUUUCAUAUUCUUUCUCUGCGGCUGCCUUGGGUUUCUUGUAUGUUUGGUCGUCGCACUCGUCUGGACAGCAACGAAAGGUGACGUUCAAGGUGGGUUCGGGAUAGGCGCCUUUCUCCUAAGCUUCAUGGUCUUCUGCGGAGGAUUGAUUCAUUCCUCGAUCGCGGUCACUGGCCAGCACUGA